UAUUUUAUUUUCUUUUGACUAUGUUUUUCUUGUUUAAUUUUUUGUGAUAUUUUUGACUAGAUUGUAUUUCUAAUUCAUUCACUGAAUUUGAUGGAUGGUGGAAGAAGAGAAACCAAAGAAACAGUAUGUGAAAUGGGCAGCUGUUUUAUGGUACAUUUAUAUACACGUUCUAGGAGUAUACGCUAUCUGGUUGAUGUUUACUUCUGCCAAAUGGAUGACUAUAUUCUAUACAAUUUUCAUAAUAGCUAUUGGUUAUCUUGGAGUGACAGCAGGUGCUCAUAGAUUGUGGGCCCAUAAAACAUACGAAGCCGUAGGAUUUAUUAAAUUAUUCCUUAUGCUUGCUCAUACUCUUGCAGGAGUAGGUUCGAUAUAUGACUGGAUUUUAUAUCACAGGAUUCAUCAUAAAUAUUAUGGGACUGAUAAAGAUCCAUACAAUCAUAAAAAAGGAUUUCUCUACAGCCAUUAUAUAAGUAAUAUAUUGUCGUUUAAUAUGAGUCUUGAAGAAAUGAAACGUAACGUUGAUUUACGCGAUAUUGAUAAUGAUGCUUAUGUUUACUUUCAAAAGAUCUUCUAUUGGCCAUUAUUUUUAAUAUUUGGAUUUAUAUUAUCUCUAAAUGUGCCGCUGGAAUAUUGGGACGAAUCAAUAAUUGAGACUAUAUUAAUAACAGGAUUUCUACGAUUUGCUAUUAUGAUAAAUAUAUCUUGGUUGGUGAAUAGUGCAUACUUGGUCUGGAACAUUAAGGAAAGAGAAAAGAUUUCAUCAAAUAUCAUGAACAUCUUUUUCAAGAAAUCAUUUUGGCCAAAAUACCAUUACAUAAUACCAUGGGACUGGAAAUCUGGUGAAUUUGGUACUUAUAAUAAUGAUUGCACUACAUUCUUUAUCAAAAUGUGGCAUGAACUCAAUUUGGUUAAUUCGUUAUUAACAACUGAUACCGAAGAUAUCAGAAAUAUGCUGCAUGAAAUGAGUAUAAAGAAAAUCACUCUUAAAGAUAGUCUUGAAAUAUUGAAAAAAAAAUCUAUAUUCGAUGCGCAAAAAACAAAAUUGAUUGUUAAGCAUUGAAUUAAAAAUGCGAAGUUAAUUAAACGAUUAAAAAAAAUUGAAGUAAAA